AUGUAUCCAAAAGCACAAGAUGAAGAAGCACAAGCACAAGACGAAGAAGCACAUGCACAAGACGAAGAAGUAUAUGCACAAGCACAAGAUGAAGAGGAAGAAGAAGCACCAGCUCAAAAUGAAGAUGAAGAAGCUGCACCAAGGACAUAUAGGAUAAUUCCCGACAUUCGACUCAACUCGAAAUUUUAUGUGGACAAUUUUGGAUAUAAAUAUUAUCAAAAAAAGGUACUCAUCAAUCGAAUAACUUUGAUAUGUGAGCUACAAAAAAAAGUCAACCGUCCUAUAUGUCAUGGUACAGCAUCCAUCAGUAGAAAUGAGAUGGACAACCACAUUUUGAUUGUAAACCCACACAAUCAUCAGCCGGAUGACAUUGAUUUAAAUGUACCAUUCCUGAGGAAUGCUCUCGGUGAGAGAGCUGUUGAUAGGACUAUCACAAAUCCAUCAAUUCGAGGUCUAUAUAAUAGCGAAAUAAUUAGGCAUCCCGAAGCUGCCAUUCGCUAUACAUUCCUCCAAUCACAAUCGAGGGCAAAAAAGAUGAGACAGUCGAGGCGCCCUCGGUUACCUCAGGACAUGCACGACCUUUCAGAAAUGUUGAGAGACCCCCGGAAUACAAAUUAUGCUUCCACAUUUCAAAUUCCUUCAACUGCAUUUUUCAAUCAAGAAUUGAUUGUAAAUGGAGUAAGUGUUGGAAUUAUUUUUGCAAAUAUUUCUGCAAUUGAAAGGUAUCGUGAACAGUUGGUUACAGUAGAGAUGGUUGGAAUAGACGGUACCUAUAAGACGCUUCCUCAAGUGCCAGGGGACUUGCGAUCUUUCUUGACAUUUCAAAUACUCUACAAAAGUGUGGCAUUUCCAAUGGUCUAUGUCCUUUUGGGAAGUGAGACAAAAGAUACGUACUCUGCGUUAUUCGCCGUGAUACGCAAUAUUCUACCAUUAAAUUAUGAUAGAAUCCGGUUUGUUACUGAUUAUGAGCGUGCUCUCAUGAAUGCUGUCCGACAAAUCUUCCCGAACAGUGAUUUGCUAUGUUGUUGGUUCCAUUAUACUCAGUCAGUUGUAAGAUAUUGUCACCGAAAGGUGAAUGGUGUCUUGAACUUGGUAAAGAGGCAUGAAGUGGCAGCUCGUAUUUUCAGAAUGGUACUAGCAUUGCCUCAUCUACCGGCUGAAAGGGGUAAUCCGAGGUGCCCUAAUUUUUGUAUGGAAGAUGGCUUCCAUACAAUUGUCGACUACUCCUCACAAUUUUCUGAAAUUCAUGAGGUUAUGAGUCGUUUCUUCUACAUUUUCAAUUAUUGGUUUUUGCAAAUUGGUCCUCGGCACUUGAGCGUUUUUGGUCAAGAUCACCGGGCCAAAAACUACUUGGAAUCCUUCCACUCAACGUUGCUCACCCAAAUUGGACGCCACCCUAAUAUUUGGGAUUUUCUUCAAAGGCUGAUUAUUGUGGAAAAUCAGUUCUUUGUAGAAUUUCAACAGUGCACCAAUAACCUCAUGAUCAGAGAUGGCACUUCCAGAUCUGAAAGAGAAAACACAACAAGGAUCAUCAGAGAAUCUGUACAGCAACUGAACAGAGACGGUGAUCUAUUGAUGUUUUUGAGGAGGACUGGUCACCGAAACGAUGGCUAUGUUCGACAACAAAUUGGACCUUAUCCUUGAGUACAUUGUAAAUACUGAGGUCUAUCAUUGUUGAUGUCCGGAGUAAUUUAACAGCCUAUAUUUGUCACUAACCGAUCUAUACACACAAACACAUAUACAUAUAUACACACCUUACACAUCAUUACAUCUCAUAGCUAGCUAGUAUUUGCGUGGCGAACCCAACCACUACUAGUUGAGUUAUAACACUAUUACACAUAAAACAUGCAGAUCGGUUGGUGUAUAAUAUGGUGUGUGUUAACAUCUUUAAGCCGGGGUGCGUGAUCUACCAUAGUCCCUGUUAAACAGUUGAAAAUGUAUGAAGAAUUUUGUAUAAAAUGAACUCCACUGGUGAUUCUGUUUCAUAUCUCGGCCACAAAAUCUUUACUUAACACAUGCGAGUGUAAUCGAUUCAUAGAUGUAAAAGCAAACCACAAACACAUUCAAACCUUCAUAACUCAAAUCAUACAUAAAGUGCAUACUGCAUACCUCAUUCAAUAAUAAAGAAGCUGCUACUUCAGGUCUGUGUUCCAUAUUAAAUGAUAGAAUUUGGUGUUUCCACAGGAGUUAAUUUUCUGUGGCUGGUUCAGACAUUAAAUAUGUGAUCUAUUAUUACUAAACAUAAC